UGAAAGUACUCAUUUGUAGUGCGUAGCUAGGAGGGGAACCCAUGUUGGAUCACCCGCUCCCUCACUCCCCCAACUUGCUCGCUCGCUCCCCCCUUUUGCCAUCACACACCGUCACACCUGUUGCCUCUGUGUGUGUGUGUGUGUCUGUAUGUGUGUGACGCAGCCGUGACGUGUACUGAGAGCCUCCGUGACGCCACACAGUUGUACACCGCCACACGUGCACACCCACCUUCCCCGUCAGUUGUGUCUCGACUCCCUUGGAGUGCUGUUGUGGUGUGCUGCUGCUGCUGCUGUUGUGAGCUGACUCCUCCCACGGCUCCUGCCUUCAUCACUGUUCGGGAUAUUUUUAAUACCAACCCCAUCAUGUUGUGCUGUGCUCGUUACUACACUGUGCUACACUCUGUGCUGACUCAGUGCUGAAGUGUACUAUUACUACAUUGUUAAACAGUGCUGCUACAUCUGUGUUCAACAUAAAUAUACACAAGUGGUCAAAUAACAUCACUCCACAGGCCUAUUACGAAGAAAAAAAAUUACUGUGCUAUUCUGUGUUGUUGAUAAAGUAGCUAUAUCAGUGCUGUACCUACAAGUGCUACUGUGUUAUUGUUGUGUUAUUACUCACUAGUGAACACACACACUGCUGGAUAACACUUGUCUACCUCCACUCACCGUGUUCAGCUUCAACAGGAAGUGACCAAUACACGAACAUUUCUGAAAUUAAGGCGUGAGGUGUGAGGGUCACUAUAUGCAUGCUGGCAAUACAGUAUCGACCCCGCUCACAUUUUCCAGAUUAAGUUCGUGAAGGUGUUGUGUUGGAGAGAGUGUGUGUGUGUGAGUGUGUGUGUCUACCCGUAAAGCCAGAGGGACCCCACCACCCCCUCCCCCCCCAACAUGCCAUUCAUUGACGACGACUUGCUCUGGUGUCCGGAUAACGACGGCAAAAUGGUCGACCUCUCUUGUCUGAUCUGGAACAGGAAUGGAAGUUAUGGAACUCCGUCAUGGUUUCUGGAUCGAAAUGACCCGGGAGGAGGAAGUACAGCAGGCAAUAAUGCCACUCCGGGAGGUAACGCCACUGACCAGAUGACACCUAUGGGCAUGGGAGUCAUAGGGGGUCUUGCUUCGUCCAAUCAGUCAUCGGCACCCGAGUGUGGCGAUCUAGCCGAGCUCUCGCAGGCUGACCUCAAAGGCCUUGUCGGUGAAAUCACAGAAGAAGAUGAGAUCUUUACUAGCAUAUCAGAUCCCAACUUCGAACUUGAUAACAUAUUUGCUGAGGUUGAUGAGUCCUUCCUGUCGGGUAACCCUGUGGGGGGCGACAGAAUGCGAGGCCGUGACAGUCGGUGUGGGAGGGACGACUUCAUCCCCGCCACACCCACGGACUCUGCGAAAACUCCCUCAGAUCUUCACCUGAUACAAAUAAAGCAGGAAUUGGAAACUAUGGGAAGUAGUGAUGAGGAGCCCAUGUCAACAAGUGCCAUGGACACAGUGUCCAGCACCAGCACCCUCACUACCCUCCUACGGUCUUCUCCUCACUCCACAAUUAAUCAUAAUCACAACCACCUCAUCAACCAGCUCAUCAACAAUCCCUCGGCCUCUUCCAUCAAUCACAAUCUACAACACACAAAUGGCAGUCAAACAUUUGCCAGUUUGCUCAAUGACUCUGAGACAAAUAGUGGUGGCUGCUCCAGUACGCCACUCCUCCAGAAUGCCUUGCAGAACAAUGUAUCAAACGGACUAAUAGACAGUCGUCACAUUAAGAGAGAAAAUUCUGUGGCUGCCGCAAAUCCCUUAUUGGCUGAAGUGUGGCCGAUCUCACAUUGGGCUUUUUGGGAGGAUUUGGGGCUUUUGUCAUCAUCCUACGACCGGUCGAUGGCCAGUCCCGUGUCUACCCCCUCCUCAACACCCACCCUUCCUGCCUUGCUCGGACAUGUAAAAAUAAAGAAAGAGGUUCUUGACCGCCCACAUGACUCCUGCAAAGGUAAGGGACUGGAUGGUGAGGGAGUGUUCUUUGGACGAGUGUUGGGUGAGAUGGUUGACGGGCGAAGCUGUAUGAUGGACACCUGGUGCGACUUAGACAACGAUGGCGGGAGAGUGGUACCCCCUCACCACAAUGACUCUCACCAUCACCACCACCAUCAUCACCACCAUCACCAUCUUCCUAAUGGUGGGGUUGGUAGGUCGAGGGAACAACUACUCCAGGAUCUUCUCUCCAACAGUCAACUCAUGCCCCACCUUCAGAACGCCAACCCUACCACCACCACCGCCGCCCCCACCACCACCACUACCCAUAAUACCAACCUGUACAAUACCGGAUAUCAACCACACCCAGCCGCCCACGCUGGACACCGGACCGCGUACUCUGCCUCCCAGCCAAACACCUCAGUGGGCGGGUCUCUGCCUCCCUCCCCCGCGGACUCUGGAGUGUCGGACGUGGACUCUUCCAGCGGACACACCAGUAAUGACGAGUCCAAGACCAGACUACACCUAGCAGUAUGUGGGUCGCGGACUCCAGACUCCCCUUCGUCAGGAGCGGAGGCAGGAGGGUCACUACCGUCCUUCCAUCCCACCUAUUCCCCACAACAACUCCACAUGCGCUCAUCGUCCCAGCCACCGCUCACACCAACCUUCCCAAGGCCUCAAGAUUCUCAGGUGAUGGGUUAUGGCGGUGUGGGUGUGUCGGGUUACAUGGAUACUGGGUCUCCCGGGGGUGUGGCGGCAGCGUACGGGGUCACCUCCCCUCACUACACUGGCCACCCAUCAGGUCUCGCAUCUCCCCUCCUGGGGCCCUCCUCCUCACACAUGACCCACAUGGUCACCUCCGGUAUGGGCCCCGCGCCAUCUACCGCCUCCCCCUCCUCCUCUUCCUCCGCCGAGGACUUCUUCCUGGGCGACAUGGGCUUCCCUCCCAGGAUGAAGAAGAAGGCACGUAAGCCCAAGCCCGUGGAUGCCAACGGCCAACAGCAGCCUGGCAUGAAGAGGAAGAGCAGAGAAGGCUCAACAACAUACCUGUGGGAAUUCCUACUGAAGUUACUGCAGGACAAGGAGUGCUGCCCUAAGUACAUAAAGUGGACGAACCGAGAGAAGGGUGUAUUUAAGCUGGUCGACUCAAAGGCGGUGUCCAGGUUAUGGGGUCUUCAUAAGAACAAACCUGACAUGAACUACGAAACUAUGGGCCGUGCUUUAAGAUACUACUACCAGCGUGGGAUCUUGGCUAAGGUUGAUGGCCAGCGGCUUGUGUAUCAAUUCGUAGACGUCCCAAAAGACAUAAUUGAAAUCGACUGUACAGGAGCAUAAGGGCAUUGGCCUGUACUUCUCUGUCAUGGAGGUUUCUUCUCAGCUACAAGAGGAUUCUCAUCAGCUGCUACAGGAGGACCAGAGUGCAGCUGCAUCCCCAGCGGGAGUGUCAGCAACACCUUCAGUAUGGUCCCUGCUCACACUUAGCUGUUGCAGAUGAAGUGAUACAGAAGAGGGUUGUGCACUCACUGCACAAUAUGAACCACUUAUGUACCGGUUUCCUUCUGACAAUAACUUGAUAUUUUUUCAAGAAUCUGUAAAAUAAUAAUAUUAUCAGAGGGAACUCUUGUGAGCUUCCCAGUUGCCUAUUUCUGUAUAUAUUGCCUCUAAUCUCCACACUGUAAUGACUAUCACUCUGUGAGUCUGUAAAUAGUAUAUAGAUAAGAUUAAUUAUAAUUAUUUUAUUACAUGCGCCUCUAGACGAAGUGGCAAGACUCUUGUGUCGAACACUGUGAGGCCCCACCUCCUCCUACCCAUCCAGAAUGUGAUACUAGGCAGCCCACGGACACGGAUACACUGUACUGGGCCCCUCAGUGUAGGGUGUAGUGAACGACAUAGUCACACCCUCCUCCUCAAGUACCUCCUGAGCUCGUGGAAGAUCCUAUUAUUAUUAUUAUUAUUAUUAUUAAAAUGUCUGAUCCCUGACUGUGCAUCUUCCAAACUAAUAUUGAAAACAGAAAACUGAAUCAUUGAAGAUAUUUAUGCCUCAAAGCACUUUACUGAUGAUGAAAACUACCCAGAGACCUGACUUGUUGUGAUCAAUUAUGCUCUGAAUCAGAGACAAACAGGUAAUGAGAUAAGUUGUCUCACAUUGUUGAGAAUCUCCCCAUCAUCUAACAGACAGGAAAGAUUUAACUACCAGCUCAGGCGGUACUUUAUGGAAUCGGGUUUGAGUCCUUAAGUCAGUCCGUACGUAGAUUCCCCCAAGUGUCCCGUAAAUGGCGCUCAAUCGGAUUCGAGUUCUUAUUUUGUUGGGAACUCUCCUCGGGAGGUGUCAAUGGUCAGUGCCUUGCAGCUUUGACAGUCCGUUGCGCUCUGCUUCUUUAUAGGACUCCGAUGCCAUUUUUAUCCUAAAUUCUGACACAUUUGUGAUUGGCCUUAAAGCUACUAACCUAAUGCCAAGGUGAUAUUAGUGAUAAAGUGUUGUGCAAAAAAAUUGGGCAUGAGGAAAUAGGUUGUCCAUGGUAAAUUGGUGCUCAAUUUGAUGAUGUUCCAAUUCUUUGUAAGUGAAAAGAAAGCCAUAUCAUAUAUUUUGAAUAUAUUUAAUACUUUUAAAUUUGUACUCUAUAUUUUUCAUCUAUGAAAAAGUUGUCCAAUAUGUAGCUAAUGCUUGCUGUUACCGCGAGACCAACAAGAGACAACCAUAAGGGUGUGACGUCAGGAGAAGGGAUCUCUAAGAGUGACUUGCGUCGGUCAGGGUCAAGCAGGAGGACUCCGCGUGCGCCCCUCUGUAACAUAGACUCUCUCUCUUUUAAGGAUUAUUUAUUUAUUGAAUACUUAAUAUUUUACAAGAGUUGUUAAAUUGUUAUAUAAGUUAAAUGUUUUGAUGACACGAGACUGGGAAAACAUUAAGGUGUAAUGUAAGUUCAGUUGUGGUGUUGUGUUUUAAUGUAUUAAUAUUCAGCGGCUAUGUUAUGUCUAUUAACAGCGGACCAACCUUUAUUUCGCUAAAUUGUCAUUUUUAUUAAAUAGUUUUACAUAUCAUUUUGGUUGUAUACUAAAUCAUUCCUUUUUUGUAAAACCCAUUUUUUGAGUGUAAUAAGUUGUGGCCUCUGAGAAGUAGAGAGACCCUAUGGUGUCCUCGCCUUCCUUCCCUACUCUCUCACUAUCCUCAUACAUGAUACUCCAGUCCUCCUUCCCAUCAAUAUGCCUUCAUGCUGUCGGUGCUUAAUACCUUCCCUUACCUUCCAAUAAUACUAUUACUCUCCUUUAGUCUCACCUUCACCUUUGGGAUGCCUCAUACAUCCCCGUGACCUUAAUCUUCUUCCCAGGGGUGCCUGAAUACUCCCCCCUCCCCUCCCUGUACCCCAGUGAUGUUAAGACCCCAAUUAGCCCUCCCCCAGUAGCCCCCGGCGUGAACUAGUACCGUGAAGAGCGUGUCGUCCGCGUGUUGGUCCCAGAGAGUUGGCUUCUGUUAGUACAAAGUGUGGCGGUGGCUGGCGGCGUCCUGUCCUCACCCACCUAGCUUGUCAUAUGUCUUCUCAUUGGCUGCACCUUACAACUUUUACAAAUUUCACAGCCAAUGACGAAGACCUAUUUAAGUUAAUGACUAAAGUUAUGUUGGGAUGACGUUUUGCCUUGAGAGAGCUGGCAGGAGCCCUGACUCAUGUUGCCCCUAGGCAAGUGAUGCCCCAGGGUGGGUGGGGACGGCAUCACCACCUCCCCCAGCCUGUCCCUCCCCUAGGGGUGAGCCCCAGGGAACCCCCGGGGCCACCUCCCCCAGGGGAGAGCUAGCCCCAAGGGACCCUCCGGGCCACCUCCCCCAGAGGCCCUCCGUGGCCACGGGAGGGGCACCUCAGCCCCGUCGCUGUACAGUCGUGUCGACGGCCCUGGGCUUCGUCGGCAGCUUUUUAAGUGUUCUCACUACACACUGUAUCAACACUACCAUUUUUAAGGUGUAAAAUAAAGCAAAUGAUAUUA